UGUACUUGAUCAAAGCAAGAUAACCGACAUCAGCAUACCGCAUCAACGCUAUUGACUUUUCUCGUCCGUCCAUAGGUUAUUUUAUUACUAUAUGAACAACACACGUGGCACGUGUUGCUAGUCUUUUACGAAUUUAUAUCAUUAUUGUUUAUUCAGACGUUGCGUAAGUUCGUGACUCAAUAUUCAUAUCUCCAGCAAAAUAUUUAACACAAUUGAAAAUAAACAUACGCUUGGAAAAUUUAUAAUGAAUCGUUGUGAUGAGUUAGAAUGGUUAUUCUCGCCUAGCAGAUGGUCAAGGAGAUACAGAGCUGAAGAGAUUGUUCAAAAGCACAUCGAGUUUAUUACCAAAGCCAGUUAUCUCGCACGAAAGUAUGUACCAUGCCAAUUAAAUAUUCCGUAUGGAUCAACAGAUAAAGAAAAACUGGAUAUCUUUGGAACCAAUCUACCUUCAGACUCGCCUAUAGUAAUAUAUGUCCACGGUGGGGACUAUUGGCAAGAAUUGGGCCGAGAAAUUUCCAGUUACAUAGUUGCACCUUUAUACAAAAAUGAAUUCAAAGUCAUAAUUUUGGGAUACACUUUAUCCCCCGAAGCAAGCUUACACCAAAUUCAAGAACAAAUCAGUAGGGCAUUUCUAAAAUGUGUGGACUAUGCAAACUCUUUGGGCUCCAGAUCUCUAUACGUUUGCAGCCACUCCGGCGGAUGUCAACUAGUGGCCAGUAUUUUUCAAUCGAGUUUCAGUACCAUCCCUUCCGACAGCGCGAACAUUUUGAAAGGGGUCAUUUUCAUAAGUGGAAUCUACGAUCUGAUUCCGUUGACGAAAACUCGCGCAAACGAAACGUUACAAUUGGAUCUAGCGGGUGCUAGGAAACUCAGUCCACUAUAUCAACCGUUUCACGCAUCGGAGGGGAUAAUAUUUUUUGUGAUAGUUGGAGAAAACGAGAGUCCAGCCUUUGUGGAACAGUCUGAAGCGUUUUAUCGAAAAUUAAAAGGUCUCGGUUAUAAAUCCGAAUUUAUUGUUGUUAAAGAAGUUGAUCAUUUCGAUAUUGCGGAACAGCUUAACGAAGAGAAUUACGAAAUUGUUCGACUGAUCGUCAGCAUGGAGGAUUAUUAAAAGACGAAUGAAUAUUGAAAAAUGAAGUUUGUUGCCCAGGAAUCAAACAUCGCCAUUGCACCGUGAACGACCAUUUUCACAAUUAAUUAGAUCGCUUUGCAUGUUUUCAUGUAACUACCUAUAGACAUCGUUUUACACCAAAGAAAUAUAUAUGAAUGGAUUUACUCGUAUUAAGUUGUCUAAUUGUUGUAUUGCGUCCUUUUUGUUUUAUUAUGAAUAAAUAAAACUAGUUUUUUUCUUCUU